AUGUCUCGCUUCAUCCAGGUCAUCAUUGCUGCCGGCCUCGCCGGUGGUUUUGUCACUUCCGCUGCCACUGCCCCCAAGUGUAAUGCCGACAACUGCGCCAGAGCCGUCACCGGCACUGCUCUCGUGGCCAAGCCUUCCAUCGGGGUCCGCAUGGCCGAUUGUAGUGCCGCCGUCGAGGUUACCACUACCCCUGCGGCUAAGAUAUCGUUCAGGACUACUACUGUGACGGCCACUACCGUCACUGUGCCGCCUGGCGAGGCAACGUUGACCGUUAUGCGGGACAAGAGGGAAGUAGCCACGCUACCGACUUAUGCCUCGGCCUGCAGCAACCUCGCCCGUUUCAGCAGUGCCUGCGCUUGUUGGCCCGCUAUCUCGACGCGCACCGUCGAAGCGGCUACGCCCACCGUAACAAUUACCGCAACCGCUACAGUUACGAAAUCCCCGGAGCCUACCUCAAACUGCGAUUCCCAACGCUGCAUGACUUACGAUCAGACCUGCGGCAACAGAUUCUGCUAUUGCUUCGAGAUCGACGGCAAGCCCAGGAGCGUUUGCUCUGAACCGUCGGACCCCUGGUGUGCCGACAAGCAGGGGUGCAAUCUCAGCUCAGAGUGCGCCGAGGGCGAGGUCUGCAUUACCAAUUCUUGCUGCGGUGGCAACGGACAUCCUGGCAAGACGGGCACUUGCUCCGUUGUCGAUUCCUCUGUGUGCCCGAAUCCCGGUGCGCCUAUCAAGCUCUUCCGCCGCGCACGACGGGUGCAACCCCGCCAGGAGUCCAAGGAGGACCUUUUGAGGAUCGGUGGCUGCGUGGACUUGGUUUGCAGUAACGCCUCCGGCUCAAAGUAA